AUGCCUAAUUUGCAAGACAACAUGUCAAGCUACCAUCCUCGGGACCCGAAGAGGCUUUUGUUUAAGGAAAAGCAAGAGAGUGCAAGGAAAGAUGUUGAGAGGGCAUUUGGGGUACUCCAAUCUCGUUUUGCUAUAGUUCGUGGGCCUGCACGUUGUUGGCAUAAACGCAAUAUCCACGGUAUUAUGGAUGCGUGUAUUAUAUUACAUAAUAUGAUUGUUGAAGACGAGCGUCACACUUAUAACAAAAACUUUCCUAAGAAUGAAUUUUCACCAAGUGUUGUUGAUGAUGUGCAUCAAGGACAUGAAGAGAAUUUUGACUCAUAUCUUGAAAGAGAUGCAACAAUCCGAGAUAAACAAAUGCAUCACCAGCUAAAGGCUGAUUUAGUUGAGCAUAUUUGGUCACGUUUUGGUAGCUAUAACUUGAAUUGA